AUGACUAGAGAUAGAGUAUUUCUCUUCAUGUGGAAGAAUAUGACUCUUUCGCAAGAGGGAUUGGCCUUCAAUAAUUUUGGACGAAACAUGUCAGAGGUGAAAGAAUCUCUGGAUGCUCUGAGGAAUCAACUCUUACCUAAUAGUAGUUCCAUUCUCGAUGAAGAUGCCAUUGACAGUAUGAGAAAAUUGGCAGUGGACUUGUUGUUCUACACUAACAAGUAUUCGAAUCUAAAGAUUGCCAUUGAUACUGCCAUUGAAUCAACAACAUUCGCCUUCAUCACCAAUUUUUAUAAUUUAACAAGUGCAGUCAACCAGAAACUUUCACCAAUUCGCUUCUAUUACGAACAAUGUAGACCUAUGAACGUUUUUGAGGAAUUUGACAUUAUCAUCACAACAGGUUAUUUUCUCAGUUAUAAUGUGAGAUAUUAUAGAGAUGCUCAAACUAGUGGAGGAAGGAAAUUGAGUGGACAAUUCAUCAACACGAGUGAUUUCUUCUUUGUUCCACUUUUUCCAAGUGAUGUAGUAUUGAUGGACUAUACCAAAAUUAAUAAUGCUACGACAAGUUAUGCUAAACCAGGCCUCUUUUCGAUUGUCUUGUCCAUAUUCCUGUCCAUUCAUGGUGUGGCGAUGGUUACUUCGAAUGGUGUUUUUCUUCACAAUGAAUCCAUUGCUGCCUACCUUUUAUUUGGAACUUUGGUGGGUGUCUUGUGCAUCAUCUUUGAUUCUGUUAUGAAUUAUAAGAAUAUUCAAAAGAAUGGUCUUGGAAAGUUUAUGUUUUUCGACGAUCCAUUCCAUAUCAGAAUUGAUUUAAUUCAAUUGGUGGCCAUUCUCAUUCUGGUUAUUAUUAAUAUAAUCGUUGUAUCCACCACUAGCGAAAACAAUCCAGGAAGGGCUGCUGAACCAAUUCCAAGAUUCUUAAUUAAUUGUUUCUUUAUCAUGAUUUGUGGAGGUUCUGCAAUGAUUAUAGAGCUGAUUAACAAGAUUAGAUUUAGAAGGAAAUCGAAGGAUAAUAUCGUCAGACAAGAGGAUGAAGAUGUGGAAAUUACAAAAUAUUUGAGUAACAAUGACUUUAUGCAACUCUUUGAAGAUUAUUCAGAAAAGGAAAUGUCUUUGGAAAAUAUCAAUGCUUACAAAUUGAUAAUGAAAAUUACAAAUCAAGUUGGAGGAAGUGAAGGAAAAUUGAAUAGCGAAUUAUUGAGUGAAUUGGAAAGUGAUUUUAUCAAGAUUGGAUCCAUUCACGAGCUCAACAUUCCAUCCGAUAUUGCAUACAAACAUAGGAGGAUUGAUAGCGUCCUUAAGGAGGAAAAUAGGAAAGCAUCACUCGGUGAAACAGCUAUUGUCAUUGGUGGUUCAUUUGCAGGUCUCACCUCUGCCAUCAUCCUCAGCAAGUAUUAUAAAAGAGUAAUCAUUGUGGAACGUUCCAAAUUCAUUCGAGAUGAAUCCAUUGUGAAGAGCAGACAGGGAGAACAAGCUCACCUCAUUUCCUAUCGUUCAAUGUUGGUGUGGGAUAGAUUACUUCCAGGAUUCUUGAAUGAAUUGAAAGAGCAUUUGAAAACAAGCAAACUCAAUCAAAUGGUUCUUCCUGCCUCUCAAGUGAAAUAUUACUAUAAGGAGAGGUAUGGAGUUUCUAAUCAUUUGGAAUAUAGAAAGACUCCGAAUAUUAUGGCAUCGAGAGCACAGGUUGAAACUGUUUUGAGAGAUAAGAUUGAGAAAGAGUUGUCCAAGUCUAUUGAAUUCCUUGAUGGCUAUCAGGUGUCAUCGAGUGGAAUUAAGGUUGAAAGUAUUUCAGAGAAUGGACAACAGGUUACUCGUGUUAAAUCCGUUACAAUCUCCAAUGUUUCUGAUAAUUCCAGCAAGACAAUCGAAUGUAAUUUGUUGGUCAAUUGUGCAGGACUUGGCUCAAGUAAUUUGAUGAAAAAUUUGGAAAAUGAAAUUUCACCAAACAAGAAACUCCUCACAAAAUCUUCAAUUGACUGUAAGAUUGGUUACCAAACCAUUCUAUUGGAACCAAAAGAUUCUUCCUAUGAUAGUGAAGGUAAAGUUGCCAUUUACAGAGAAGAUUUAUCCGAAACUGAGCAAGAAAAUAGAAAACUCAAUGAUCCUUACUAUCUCCUCUAUUAUUUGUUAUCCUAUCCACAUAGAAGAGGUUUCCUUGCCAUGCCAUACAGUGGUAAUACCUUCCUUUUCUUAUUGACAACCUACAAUGAAAAAAUUGACCCAGUUCAAUACGAAACUGCUAAGGAACAAAUCAUGGAUUUUGUAAAGUAUAAUCCAAGAAUGGAGAGACAAGUUAAGGUUGUUCUUGAAAAGUUCAAAGAUACUCCAAAGAAAAUUAUUCCAUUCUUUGAGAAGAGUGGCAGUGAAUAUGUUCACUUUGAGAAAUUGAAGGGAGUGAGAGAUUUCAUUGCUGUUGGAGAUGUCGUUGUACUCCUUCAUGAUGAAAUGAUUAAGGAUGAAUUGAAAAAGAAUGUUGCAACUCCUCAACAAGUAUUUAGAUCGUCAUUCUGUCAGGAAUUCCAAUCGCGUUCCAUGGAUGUUGUGUUCCACUACUGA